AUGAGCUACUACAGUGGCUACUACGGAGGCCUGGGCUACGGCUAUGGCAUCUUCGGAGGCCUGGGCUGCGGCUAUGGCUGUGGCUAUGGCUCUGGCUUCGGAGGUUUCAGAUAUGGCUCUGGCUGUGGAAGCUACGGAUAUGGCUCUGGCUACAGAGGAUACGGAUAUGGCUGCUGCCGCCCUUCAUGCUAUGGAGGAUAUGGAUUCUCCAGCUUCUAUUGA